AUGGCUGUCCGCAAGCGCCACGAAGUACGCCGUCGCUAUCACUGGCCCGAGCUCCAGCUCAACAUCUGGAUCAUGGUUGGACUAUCGUGCUCAGCAACUUGUCUUGGGAUUUUCUCUUGGUUCAUGGUUGUGCAAUCGCAAAUGCACCUUGGGACUCCAUGGCUCUUUCCUUACAUGGUUGUAUCCAGCGUACUCGGUGUAUGCUUCAUAUUUCUUAUUAUGGUGCUUGCCUCACGGCAUUUUCUCUUACCGGGGAUUAUCAUCAUCGGCAGCUUUAUUCUCUUUGUGCUGUGGCUGACGGGUCUGAUUGAGACUUCGCUGCAGCUGUAUGGGGUUGUCGCGAACGUGAAUGCCAAUUGCCAGAUCUGGGUGAGGGACAAUAAGGCUUGGGGGAAUAACAUUAAUACCUUGGCUUGGUUAACGCAGAGUACUAUUUGUGAGUUCGAUGUCUCGGCUUAUUCUGGUGGUUGA